UGUGCUUACGGAGUGUGUUAGUAGGUCAUAGUCUGUCAGGUGCAGAGAGGUGCGGUGUGCCUCACUACAUCUGCUUUGGCUUUCAAUGUCAAGGUGCUUUCAUAAUUUUCAUUACAGAAACGAUACAACGGCUGAACACUGGCACAAGGAACAUCAUGACAAGGUCGCUCAACGUUCUAGGAAUCUUGGCUGUAUUACUCGUAUUAGGGGAAAUAAAUUGUGAUGCACCGCUAUCGGAUUCAGCGUCAUUGCCCUUAGAGCAUAGAGCGGUCUAUGGUCCUCCACUGUCUGGACCUGGUUACCUUUCGACAGGUAUUUUGGGUGGAGGAGGUGGAGGAGGAGCAGGAGGAGGAGGAGGAAGUGGAGGAGGGGGUGACGAUCCAUGGCCACUAGCGACACCGGAUAUGCCCCAAAUCAAACAUCUUCAGGUGCAAUGCGAAAAGACUCAUAUGCGAGUCAACAUUGAAUUCGACCGUCCCUUUUAUGGAAUGAUAUUCUCUAAAGGAUUCUAUAGCGACUCUCACUGUGUUCAUUUAAAGCCUGGUACUGGGCAUUUAAGUGCAACCUUCGAAAUAUUCUUAAACAGUUGUGGUAUGUCCUCGUCCGCUAACCACAAUGCUGCUAGCUACGGUGGACCUACACCAAGUGGAAGUUACGUAGAGAAUACCAUAAUCAUUCAGUAUGAUCCUUACGUACAAGAAGUGUGGGAUCAAGCUCGAAAACUAAGAUGUACUUGGUAUGAUUUUUAUGAAAAAGCCGUAACAUUCAGACCAUUCCAAGUUGACAUGUUACAUGCAGUAACAGCUAACUUUCUCGGAGAUAACUUACAGUGCUGGAUGCAGAUUCAAGUAGGCAAAGGACCCUGGGCAUCUGAAGUAUCUGGAAUUGUCAAGAUAGGUCAGACAAUGACUAUGGUACUAGCUAUUAAAGAUGACGAAAACAAAUUUGAUAUGUUAGUAAGGAAUUGCGUUGCUCAUGAUGGUAAGAGAGCCCCAAUACAACUUGUUGACCAAUAUGGUUGUGUAGUUAGACCAAAAAUUAUGAGCAAAUUCCAGAAAAUUAAGAAUUUUGGUCCUUCAGCAUCAGUAGUAUCAUUCGCGUACUUCCAAGCAUUUAAAUUCCCAGAUUCCAUGAACGUCCACUUCCAAUGUGUGAUACAAGUAUGUAGAUAUAACUGCCCAGAACCCAAAUGUGGUGGCCAUGGUUUAGGUCUAACAAGUGAGUAUGGUGCUCCACCGAUAUCAAACGCACUAGGAAGUGGCGAUUUUGGAGGUCAUGGUAGCCUUGGUGGAGAAUAUGGUCCACCUCCAUCCAAUGAAUACGGUUUGCCUCCUGCAUUUCCUGACCCUAGACAUCCAUCUGGACCAACAGGUGCCUAUUCUGAACAAAAUGCUGACGUAGUACCUGCUCCUCAAGCUCAAACUUCCUCUUCCUCUACGUCUAAUCCUCCUAAUCUGUCUUCUCCUGCUCCUCAAGUAUCAGCACAAAGUAGUAACGAAAUACAUUUACCUCCUCCACCGCCACCAGGUCAUCUUGGUAUUUACAAUACCGUUAAGAGGAAGAGCAAUAUUGCGGAAGAAUUUGAAGGCAAUUUAGCUACCCUAGGUGGAAGACCCAGGUCAGUAGAGAAUCUUCCAGCUGAACUGCAAGGAGUUAGAAGACGACGUAGUCCAGAAGUGAUGACAGUUGUAGUUAGUCACGUCUACAAACGUGAGGCUCAAGAAAUGACUGAUGUGAAUACUAGUCGAAUAAUUCAAGUAGUAGCACCAGGAGAUGUUAAUUUCGCCCUAAACUCUGCUCAAAACAACGAAACGGUGGUCAUACAGUCAGCUUCGUCACAAGAUCCUGAAACGAUUUGUAUGUCUGUUCCAAGUUUCGUAGCCGGAUUAGUAAUGCUCCUAUUGGUUCUUAUAGUGGCAAGUUUGGUAGCAGCAUUUUUGUUUGUUCGAGUGCGGGCUAUCGAUAGAAAAGGAAUCGCUCAAACAUUCGUCGGGUCACGUGGAUACGAUAACGCCGAAUUCGUAAAAGUGGCAAACUGACUAUGAAAAUAUUCAUGAUAGGUACAUUCUAAAAGUCCCAAAGAUGUUCAGGUUUAGCAAGUGAUUGACGCGAGUGAUCAAAGUAGUCGCAGGGCGACAUAUCCUACCAUUUCCUUCAUGCAAUCCUAGUCCUUUUAACACUCGCCUGCUAAUUUGCUUGUGAUAACCUACUUCAAUUCUGUAUUCAAGACCGCAGCAUACCAUAAAUCAUCCCACAGAUAUAACAAGCAUCCUAUUUAUAGAUUUGCUCAAUAAUUCACAACUUUUGGGUGUCUUUUUGAUCUUUUAUUGAAAAAUGGAUAUUCCCUUUAAUGUCCUCAAAUUAUUCAAGAUUGUUAGUUAUUAUUUGAAUACUACUACAAACUUUUGACGAAUAUUAAUUUGCUAACAAAUUGAUCUCAAUAUACAAUUUUCAAAUACAAUUAAUCCAAACAUGGUUGACAUUGCAACGUUGAUAUUUCUUUAUUUGGCAUUGUGUCACGAUUUUCUAAAUAAUGUUAUUUAAAUGGUCAAGACUACGUUUGGUAUAUAUACCUAAUUACAUCUAAUCAGUUAUUUCUCAUUAUUAAAAUAAAAAGUGGCAUCAAUAGCACUACGUUUAAGACAACCCUAAAGAGGUUUGGUCGUAAACAUGUAUAAAUGUAGACAUUCAAACACUAACUGUGCUAUUUGGAAAUUAAGAAUAUUAGAGCUAUGUAAUGGGUCUUAGAUUUCAGUUUUGAAACGAGUUAACAUGAGUAUUUUCCUCUGUAGCUCUCUUCACCCCGCCAUUCUAUUACUAUUAACUCACCUCAUCUUUGUCAAAUCAUUUGUGCUAGCAAAGGCAUUAUGCUCUAUUCUGCCCUUACUAGCAUGACCUAACCCUAGUUGUAAGUAAGUUAUUUAUAUUAUUUAGGUGUUAUUUAUAAAAAAAAUUAAGUGUAACCUAUGUACUACUCGAGAGUAUGUUUGUAAGAUAUUUGAAGAAUAUUGAAUAUUUAUUUUUAUGGACUGAGUAAAACUCUUAUGCUUGAUUUAGAGUCGAAUUAUUGAAACGUUUUGUUUUAACCUUGUUUUUAGGUACAUUAUGAGGUUCUGUUUACCUUUUUAUGUUGACUGAUACGGCGACUACAAAUAAAUCUACUUAUAUGUUAUUAUAUUUUAUUAAGGCGACUCUAAAUUAUGGAUAAUACUAGAGUAUAUUUAUCAUCUGUCUAUAUAAAAUUAAGAUCAUACAAGGGCAGAUCCUAGUCUCAUAAUUAGAAUAUAGUUCACAUGUCAAUAAGGCUUUACAAAAAUACUCAAGAUAUAAAAUACAAAUACCGUUUAUUGUUUCUACAUUAUUUCUUGUGCGUUUUUUUGUUUUGUUUGAUUUAUUUCGUUUUGAAAACACAUUUGUAAUCUCUCUUUUGAUUAAAUUGUUGUCAUUCUAAUUUUGAUCAUCCGAAAGAUUAAUAUUUUAUAAAUAAAAGAUUUAAAUUACAUUUGUAUCACUUUACCAUGCACAGAAAAUCCAAUCAAAUCUUACUUUGCUCUAUGAGGUAAGAGAUUUUUGAUUCGUUUGUCUCGUCUUAUCACGUACAAAAUUAUAAAUAAAUUACUGCGUAUAUUUGUACCAAAAUAUCAAUUUAUGCACUUUCUAAAAUAUAGCAUUUGUGAUUAGUUAUAAAAGACUUGUGAUGGCUAAUACUGCAAUAGAAUUAAUUAGGCUUCAAAUAUUUGUUUUUAUUCUGGCCUAGAACCAGAUCAAUUCCAAUUUAUUUAAACGGAAACCUAUAAGCAAAUAUUUUUUCAUAAAAUUUAACCAUAAAUUAACCAC